AAGGGCAUGUUUACUUUUCCUUGCCGAUAUGUUUUCUUCCUGGUUCCAUUAAAUAGUCAGCUCUUCUUUAAUUUGGGUAGCAGAGUGGAGCAACUUUUGCCAAAGCGAAGGAUUAAAAAUAGCUGUCUAUCGAAGCUGACUGCGUGUGAGGGAGAAGCGUCCAAAUACCAAAUAAGUAGGCAUUUUAUCGGAAGCAGAUUUGUGUGAUUAUAUCCUCACCCACAAAUUUGAGGAAACCCCCCUCCCCCCAGCGUCUCGCAAGGCGCUUGUGAAGAACCUGCGAGGCGAACCGAGCCGUGCAUUGCUAUGGCUCUGCUGACCCUGCAUCGGCCCCCGUCCAUCUCCACGGCUCCGGAUGAAAGCAUUCCAAGAAGAGGGAGACUUCAGAAAAGGGAGAGCUUUGCUCUGGUCAAGGGGGCCGUCCUUCUCUUGGAAGGAGAGAGGGAGGGGCCUCAUGAAGAGACAUCGCCCAAUCACUCUCCUUCACCCCUGAAGCUGGGGGGCGGAGCUUCAGACACACAGCACAGACACCUGCAUGCCAUGGUGUCACUACUAAGACCAGAGGACACUAUCAAACUGGCGGUGAGGUUGGAGUCAGUGAGUCCAAUCAGAGUGAGGUAUCUGAUCGUGGUCUCCACCCUCGGUAAUAAGCAGGAGAGCAUUCUCCUGGGCAUGGACUUCCCCGACACAGACAGUGAUCAGUGUACUAUCGGCAUGGUUGUGCCUAUAUGGAGUGCCACACAAGUGUAUCUGGAUGGAGAUGGUGGGUUCAGUGUCAUGUCAGCAGAAGAGACCAGAAUCUUCAAGCCUGUUUCCAUACAGACCAUGUGGUCAGUGCUGCAGGCGCUGCAUGGCUGCUGUGAGCGGGCGGUGAAGGGGGCAGUGAUCCCAGGCUGUGGGCUGGACUGGGCCCAACACUACUACGGCCAUGUGGAGUCUAACCGCCUCUGUCUCAACGAGUGGGGAGCCAUGACAGGCCUGGAGUCAAUCAGGAGGGACAGCGCCGGACAGAGCUCGACCGAGAGGGUGUCUGUGGAGAGGCAGAUCAAAGAGGAACUCCGAGACAUCAUGAGAACAGAGGACCUGGAGAACAUCACCUCCAAACAGGUCCGCAGUGCCCUGGAGACCAGGAUAGGCAUGGAUAUGAAGAACUACAAGGAGUACAUCGACAACGAGAUGAUGGUCACCAUGGCGCAGAUGGACAAGCCCUCCAAAAUAUUUGACUACUUGUUCCUGGGGUCUGAGUGGAAUGCUGCCAACUUUGAGGAGCUACAGAAAAACAAUGUGGGCUACAUCCUGAACAUUACGCGGGAGAUCGAUAACUUCUUCCCAGAAUCCUUCAGCUACAUGAACAUCAGGGUGUACGACGUGGAGGCUACAGACCUGCUGUCACACUGGAAAAACACGUACACCUUCAUCAACACAGCCAGGCAGAGUGGCCAGGCGGUGCUGGUGCACUGUAAGAUGGGCGUGUCUCGCUCUGGGUCCACGGUGGUGGCCUACGCCAUGAAGCAACAGCGCUGGUCCCUGGAGGUGGCUCUGUCCUACGUCAGGGACCGCAGGCCCAUCGUCCAGCCCAAUGAAGGCUUCAUGAAACAGCUCCACACCUACAGCGGCAUCCUCAACGCCAGUCAGCAGCGCCACAGCGCUCUCUGGAGGCGGAAGUCACGAGAGCAGAGAAAGAUUGAGAGAAAGCGCUCUGCUGCUUCACGCAGCAACGAGGAGGAGGAAGAGGAGGAGAGCGACGGACAAGAAGAAGAAGAGGAGGAUGAGGAUGAUGAUGAUGAUGAAGAAGAGAUGGAGAGUCCAGAUGAAGUUGAUGAGGCAGAUAAAGAGGUAUUUGAAGAGCCUGCCCCCAAGUCUGAGACUGACCCAGAAGCUCCACCCACGGAACCGGCUGCUUCACCCAUGGAACCGGAUUCCCCGCUCACGGAACCGGCCUCCCCAUCCACGGAACCGGCCGCCCCACCCACGGAAUCGGACGCCCCACCCACGGAAUCGGACGCGCCACCCACGGAACCGACUGCAGCCAAUCCCCUCAUCACUGUACACAACAGUGACAAGGCGUCCUGUCAGAGCCCCAGUCGCAGUGGCAGGAUGAACCUCUUCUCUCUCAUGCAGUCCAUCAAUGAACUGGACGAUGAGGACCUAAGGAAUGAACAGAUUGCCAACAGUCAUCGGCGGUCUCCAGGGCAACGGAGGCGGAGUCAUGGACGGAAGGGCCUCAUGCAUCAGAGGGCCCAUGUGGACGUUUCACCUGAGCCAAGCAGCCUAUCAGGACCCAGGAAAUUUGAAGGGGUGGGGCCAAGCAAACCUGAGACCAGGGAAGGAGAUACCAAGAUGAUGGAAGGGCGGUAGAGGGAGGGAGAAGGGGAGAAUGGAGAAAGAGAAGCCUAGAGUAGACACUAAUAGGAAGAGAUUAAAUGUUCUGCCUUCUUUCAAGCUAUAAACAUGAAAGAAUCACCCAAAGAUAUUUAUAUACAUCAUACUACUUAAGCCUUGUUCACACUGCAGGCCUUAAUGCUCAAAUCAGUGUUGUUUUUCCAAAUCUGUUUUGGAAUAUUGACUGUCCAGUGUCCAAGUGACCAAAUCGGAUUUGUGUGUGUUCAGACAGCAGUCAUUUGCUUACAUGGCUAAGCUAGUUGUCGUAGUAAUGAUGGGUGUGUGUGCAGUGGUGUAGGCCGAUUGGUGGUGUAGCAAGCUAAGGUGACAACAAUGCCUGCCAUGAACGUUUCC